AUUGCAUUAUUCCCAAUUGGGUCACUUUCAUUUGACUUCAAGUCACUGUCUUCUUUUACACCUUUUGCUAAAGUUUUUCUUUUAAUCAUGUUGUAUACGUCUAUAUGUUUUUCUGAACUUUACAAGGGAAGUAAUGGAAACUCUUAUAAGCCAAAAGGAAUGUUAGGAAUCUCACUUUUUCUCUCUUUCAUAAUAGAAUAGUCUUAACUUCCAUAUAAACCUCUGCCUCAUUCUCAUCCUCCCAACCCCUGUCUCAUUCUCAUCCACCACAUAAUCAAAAAUGAAAAUGAAUGUGCUCCUUCUCUUGUUCCUAGCAGCUAUGGUGGUCAGAGCUGCUUCCCAACCACCAAACCCCAUCCCUGUCCCUUAUGACUUCUAUUCCGUGGUCUUACAAUGGCCAAAGUCGGUCUGCAACACUGGCUGGCGUCAAUGUACAAAACCAAUACCCCCUUCUUUCACCCUGCAUGGCCUAUGGCCUCAACGUUAUAGUUUUCGAUGUUUUGAUGACUGCACACUAUACCCCGGAAAUACAAAAUUUGAUAAUAAUUCGAUACCUGAUGAUGAUAGGAAUGUUUUAAUACAAUACUGGCCAAACAUGUACGGUGAUAAUGAAGCUUUUUGGAGGCAUGAAUAUGAAAAACAUGGGUCAUGCGUCCACCCAUUUUACUUAGAUCAGUUGACAUAUUUUGUAACAGCUCAUAGAGUCGCGACUUCUACUGACUUGUACAGCAUCCUUCUAGCAGCAGGCAUUAUAUGUGGUGGCCCAACCACUUUCGGAGCUAUUCGAACAGCAAUUCAUGCAUCAACUGGAUUUUGGCCCACCGUGCGAUGCAAUAGGAGCUUAGCUAGAACCCUCCAAUUGUUCCAAAUAUAUCUUUGCUUCAACAAAAUAACCAACGCGCCGAUGGAUUGCCCAAAGGAUCAGAAAGGGUGUAUUGAUCCAAUUGACUACCCUCAGCCUUAGUGUAGGGAUGAAAAAUGAACUUCUUAAUAGUUUAAGGAUGAAAAAUGAACUUGUAGAUCUAGAUCCACUCUCAUUUCUAGUUUUGAUUCAAUUUCAUCCAUUUUUUCUUAAAUUUUGGAUUUUUUUUUUAUAUGAUGAGAAUUGAUUAG